UGACCGUACUCCCUGCUCUCCAAGUUAAAAACAGACUUUGUUUAUCUUACUGCUCAAACGUGCUCGGCCUCAAAGGUCUACUUGCUCGUCUUUUCGUGUCUUUCUCGCCACUGCUAACCUCUGAGCUAAUUCCCCGUCCCCGAUUUUUUUUUUUUUGUCCCCUUGUGGAACUAAAGAAGGAAGAUACACUCCAGAACUCGCGUUGGUGGAGGACUGACUGUUAUCCAGCCAAGUCUCGUCAUGGCGACCGAAGUGGACGCUCGGUCUUCGGCUCAGCAGGCAGACGGGACGUUUCCUCGCGACGACCAGCCAGAAGAGGCAGAGCGUCCCUACGCCGACGAUGACGACGAGCUGAACGAGGUGGAGAUGAACGCCAACUGGACACCUCAGGAGAAGGCCCUGCACGAGGCCAGGCUUAAGGCCAAGGCCAAGCGGCGACUGCGCAAGUCAUCCCGCAACUCCACCAGCGAUUCUAUCUCCGAGUCGGGGGACACCGCCGGCGUGGACCCCAACAGUCCCAAAAGCAAAGUCGUCCCCAGUGACCGCAAAUCCAGAACGGGCAAAGGCAGAGGCCUGCCGAAAAAAGGUGGAGCAGGCGGUAAAGGUGUGUGGGGUGCCGCUGGGAUGGUUUAUGAGGAUGAAGAACCUGAUUUGCAGGAUCCCAACUACGACGAAUCUGCUCAGGGAGACACGGUUUAUGUCAAAGUUCUUCCAGAGGUGGACAAGAGGGACUUGGGGAAAAUGGUCAACCCAAUUGUCCAAGAAUACUUUGAACAUGGCGACACAAAGGAGGUCCAGAUGCUGCUGAAGGAACUCAACUUGGGCUCCCACAAGUACGAGUUCUCCUCGGUGGCCGUCUCGCUGUCCCUGGAAGGCAAAGCCAGCCACCGAGAGCUCACCUCCCGCCUACUGUCCGAUCUUUCGGUCAAGGUGCUAAGCCAAAACGACAUGGCGAAAGCCUUUGACAAGAUGCUCCAAGACCUACCCGACCUCAUACUGGACACGCCUGAGGCUCCGCAGAUGUUGGGCCAGUUCAUAGCCAGAGCCAUAGCGGAUCAUGUCCUUCCCAUGUCAUUCCUGGACUGUUACAAAGGCAAAGUGGACUGUGACCAUGCCAGAGUGGCUUUGGACCGCGCCGCCGUGCUGCUGUCCCUGAAGAGCGCCAUGGUGCGUCUGGACAACGUGUGGGGAGUGGGCGGCGGCCUCAGACCGGUCAAACAUCUCAUCAAAGAAAUGAACCUUCUGCUGAAGGAGUACCUGACCUCAGGAGAUGUGUUGGAGGCCGAGCGCUGCCUCCGAGAACUGGAAGUCCCCCACUUCCACCAUGAGCUUGUCUAUGAGGCUAUUGUCAUGGUGCUCGAAUCCAAAGGCGACACGGCCAGCCCCAUGAUCAUCAAGCUGCUGCAGUCCCUCUGGAAAACGGGCCACCUCACCGUGGAUCAGAUGAACAGGGGGUUCCAGCGGGUCUACGACGAACUCCCCGAAAUCAGUCUUGAUGUGCCGCACGCCCACACGAUCAUGGAGACGUUUGUGGACCUCUGCUACCAGGAGUCGGUCAUCACCAAGCAGCUAAGAGAUGAUUGUCCUUCGAGAGGGCGCAAGCGUAUGGUCAGCGAAGGUGAUGGCGGCAAGAUUAAAAAUUAAAAAUGAGAAAUGAAGAGGAUCCUCAGGAGAAGAUGGGCAUUCAAGUUUCAUCUGAACAAGUUGGGAGUUUUAAGCUCCUCCCCCUGGUGUCUUCACACACAAACACACACACAGCAGCUUUGGUGGAAGUGAAGGCAGUCUGCUUCAUCUUGUUAACGCUGUUGUUGUUUUUGUAAGAAUGUUCAUUGUUUCUUGGGUUAAUCCACCCGUCUUGUUUCAGCUUUUGUAUUAUUUUUUCCUUUCCAAAAAAAAUAACUCGCAGGUGCAGUCAAAUCAUCGUGGACCUUCUAUUGAGGUGCUUUGCUUGACAGUUUCCAUAAAUGGACAUUUCUGGUCAGUUGAUCUGGAGAUGGUUUGGUUCAACAUAAACACAUCACGGUUUUUCUGUCUGUUUCACAUAUUGACCAAAGUUUGAAUAUGUAUAAAAAAAAAAAAAUAAAAUACGUUCAUUAAAUAAA